AACUGCUACAACAAGAAUAACAGGCGGCACUGGCUCUUAAUUAAAAACUGAGUAUAAAUGUGCGGGUAUCACUUGUAGCGUGUCGACGUGUUUAUUUGAGCUCCUGAUAAAACACUACAUACUCUGUUCAUAAACUACAAAAAGAUACAAAUAAAAGCAAAUUCAACAAGUGGUACACCCUGUGUUCAAUAAUAAUCAAAUUCGAGUAACAGAAAGUGUUAUGUGUUACAAACAUUUGCAAUUUAUUUUUGUGUAAAAUAGACGAAAUUACAAACAAGUAACAUUACAAGAACAACGAGUGAGAAGAUAAAACACAUUAGAGAACUGACUGUGAGAGUAAAAGAGAAGUGUCAAGCGAAACGUCAGAUAUAAAUUGCGAAGCCGCUUAAACAUAAUUCACAAUAGUAAUUUGACCGUUAAACUUAAAUUCUACAGUGGCUCAAAGCGAAAGUAUUGUUUACCUUGUGUCGUUCGGUUGUGUUGUUGGGUCUUUAUAAUUAAAACUCAAACCUGGUUACACCUAUCACGGAAUUGCUCAACCCCAAUAAAAACAAUUUUCUUCAUUGUAUUCGAUACCUACAUCGAGAAAAAAAAGAAAGAUGAAUACCCCAAUCUUCGAAUCCAGGCGAUUUUGCACGGCCCCUCGACCCUAAUGAAAGCAUCAGCAUGGAUUCCAAGGCAGUCAAGAGGAACCGUAAUAGCGUGUUACACCGCACAUUGGUUGCUAACAUCACAAAGACACCAAGGCUCUCUGACUCUCCACUUCGCUUGAUGCAGAUAUUGGAUGACCGUUCUGAGAAGCUAAGCGAUAGAAUCGAAGAUCGUAUGAAAUCAUUGUUAAAAGAAUCUGAAAACCGAAUCUUUAAUGAACUGGACAAAAGAUUAUGCGAGUUACGUGCAGACAUUGCUGAUAUCAGUGAUAGAGUUACGAAAUUAGAGACUGCAGUAUGUGAAAUCGAUGUGCUCAAACUGGAAUUAAAAGAGAUCCAACUGCAAGUCUUACGUCAAGAAAAUGCUCCGGUUGCUGCAGAUCUUCGUAUAAAUGGAAUCCCUUUCAAUGAAAAUGAAAACCUAAAUAACAUUUUCACAAAAAUCUGCACAAGCUGUAAUAUUCCGACUCCAAAACUCAAAUCUAUACACCGGCUAAGAAACAGAAACAACACUAAAGAAAGAAAUUCACCGGAUGGAGUAAUUAUUGCUACAUUGAUGUCUCCGUAUGACAAAAAUUUCCUUUUGAAAGGACUAUCUGAAUUUCGGAAGAGAAACAAUACCACCUUAUCUCUCAACCUGAUUGGAUUUGACUCAACAUGUCAGUUCUAUAUAAAUGAAAACAUUUCGAAUUCAAAUUAUAGAAUCUUACAAGAUGCCCUCUCCCUAAAAAGAAAGAAACUUUUACACUCAGCUUACACUUUCAAAGGACUAGUGUAUGUGAAGCGUGAUCCCAGCGACGUUCCGAGAUACAACGGCGAAUAUGAUCAGGAUAUUGUCUAGGCAACAUAAGGGAUUAAAUAUCUAUCAUAUUAAUGCCCAAAGCCUGAAUAACAAGCUUGACAAAUUCAAGAUUAUUUUGGAGAACUCUUAUAUUGAUAUAGUGUGUGUAUCGGAGACGUGGCUGAAUCAAUCGUAAAAUAUAUAAACCAGUUUGCGUUAAUGGAGAAUAUAUGCGUCGUAUGAACCACGAGCUGGAUGACGACGAUAGCAUACACAGAAAAAUAGAAAAAUCGGUUUCAAUCAUAAAAUGAAUCGAAAAAUGUGACUGAAAAAAUGUUUAAUUAAAAAAAAAUUGUUUAUUCAAUUAAUCAGACGUCGCAUGGUGCUCGGAAUUUGUUUUUGGUGUGAAAUAGUGGAUAUAAGCCAUUUUUAAGCCUAAGUGACUGAAGUUUUCUUUUUUGGGGAAGAAACAUUAUAAUCAAAUUACGUUUGAUAAAUAAAUACAUGAGCAUCAUGCUCAACUAUCAGAUAAUAACCAUGUGACUAACAUUGACUCAAACACCUCUAUCGAAAACAGAAAGAGAAAAAGCAGAACAAUGAGUACAAUAACUCACCUAAAACAAUUCAGAUCGAAUUAUUACUCAAUGCUAGACAUUGAGAAUGUCACUGAGCGAGACGAUCAAAUGCUUGGCGUUUUUGAAAAACAUGGGCAAGAGUACAAGCAAUCAGAUCAACCAACUAACAUAAGAAGUAAAAAUCAAAACAAAACAAAUAAUAGUAACAACGAACCAGCUGCUCAAAGUUUAAACAAUGCCUGGCCGAACAAAUCACAAACAACAAAAAUAUCACCUAUUAAUAUCAUAGAUAUGGAGUCAAAACAAUUAACAUCUUUUAUAAAAAACGGAUUGCCAGAGGUUUUUUUCACAGCGCUGAAAAAUGCUAUUUACCACAGCAGUGUGUGAAAUGCGAUAAAAUUCACGAAAAGGGAAAAUGUGCUCCAGAUACAGUUUCAGCUGAACAAAGAGAAAAAUUAUGCUGCGUACUUUGCAAAAAGUACGGUCACCCAGCAUCAAACAAGGUCUGCGAAUUUUUCAGAUAUCUUCAAUAAAAGCUUAGAAAUAGAAAACAAAAUAAUAACAAUAAAUAUAAUAUAGGUAGUUUUAACACAGAAUCUGGUAUAGGCUUUGUUAAUAAGGUAAAAAAGUAACAUGCCACAAGAACAUUAUAUAAAUUCUGCAAUACCAAAUUCUUUCAUGAUUGAAUUAAAAAAUAUGUUCAUAAAUCUUAGUGGGUUGUGGUUUAUAGAAACAAUUGGAGAUUUAAGCCACGCGUAUUGAUACUCUUUUUUCAAUGAUUGAUGUGUAAUGUCAUUGUUAAAUUCAAUAAAUUUCAACGGAUCUAAAUGUCUUAAGAUUGUUCAUAUAAAUGUUAAUUCGAUUACUAAAACUAGUCGACGAUACGACCUCCAAAAACUAUUUAAUAGGCAUAGACCGGAUAUCGUGUUUUUGAACGAAACAAAAUUGAACUCGAGGCAUAACUUAAGUUUUCAAGGAUAUAAAAUAAUAAGAAAAGACAAAUGAGUAGCCACCAGAGGGGGAGUUACCGCGAUAUUGAUAAAGGAUUACAUUAGACAUUCGCAUGAAAAUGAUUUGUUGAAGACAUUAGCAUCUCUCUAUAAUAAAAAUAGAGGUAUUUUUUAUAGAGAUAGGAACUUAUAUAUAAUCGCUGCGUAUUUUCCAGCAAGAAACAAUUGCAAUAACUUGAAAUCCGAUCUAUUCAAAGUGUUUCACAGCUUGAACCUUCAAAAUUUGAAUAAUUUUUAUGUUUAAGCAGGAGAUUUAAAUUGCAAAAAUGAGGAUUGGGUAAAUCAGUCUAACAACACAAAAGCGAUACAUUUGAAAAAAUGGCUAGAAGAUUAUGAAAUUGAGUUUCGGUGCAGAUAACUUGCAUCAACUUUGCCCUUUUUUAGAUGUAUGUAUUGCCGACUCUAGAAUUCAUAUAGAAGCCGAGAAUAAUUCGACGAAUUUUCUUAAGUCUAUUAUAUAUGACAGUGACCAUAAUGCCUUAGAGAUCUGUACGAAAGACGGAUUGGAGGAAAUUUAUAAAGGUAAUAAUAAGAUAAGAUACCAAAUAAUUGGAAUUUACUGAAUUCAGAAAUUGAGGAUAAUGUUGUUAGGUUAAAUGGUGUAAUAGUUAUGAAAGGAACCGAAGACUGAAAAAAGGGUUGGAUUACCUGCGAUAUCUAAUGCAAUUGUAAAGAAACUUCACGCUGAAAAAGCAGACUUUUGACUAUAGUAAAAAGACACAACUGACUUGAGCGCACUCUAUCAGUGGCAGAUCUGGCUAUUGUUAAGGCAAAUUCGGGAGCUUAUAUAAUUAGAAAUGAUGCACAAGUACCAGACACUUUAUAUAUAUUGUGCAUAUAUUGAGUCCUACCACUCUCACAUUUACAUGUGACUAAUUACUUUAAUAGUUUUUUAGAAUUGAAAAACGACUUACAAAUGAAUGGGCAUCAUAUAACAGAGUUUAAUGAUCAUUUUCCUUCUAAUGGAUUAGAGGAGCCAUAAAAAGACUUUUUUUUUCAUUACUUUCCAAGAUCUCAUAUAUAUUUUCCGAAAUAUCAGAGAGAAAUGUUCAUCAGGGUUGGAUGCUUAAGAAAUUACUUAGAGUAAUAAUAUCUGCUUGUUGUUGCUUGUUUAAUAAUAUGAUUAAUAAUGCCCAUUUUCCAUCCAUUUGGAAAACAGCAGGUCAUCAUCCUGCCUAAGAAAGGAAAAGAUAUUUCUGAUAUAAGAAAUAUUAGAGCCAUAAGCCUCCUCCCCAAAAUAAGCAAAGCUCAGGAAAUUUGUAUUAAUAAUUCUAUAACUAAAUUCUGUGAUCGAGGGAAUCUGAUAAAUGAGAAACAAUUUGGUUUCAAAUACAAACACUCAACGAUACAUGCUAUUCACGCAUUGACAUCAACUUUAAACAGGAACUGGAACAAAGGUUACUGUACAUGAGCUUGUCUUAUUGAUAUGGAGAAGGCCUUCGAUAGAGUCUGGAUAAAAGCAUUGAUAUACAAACUACAUUGUUACAAGUUUCCGAAUUGGCUGAUCAUUAUUAUAUACAAUAUGAUAAGUGACCGCAGAUUUCAGGUACAUCAUUAAGACAAUAUGAGUACAAAAAUUUAUUGAAUUAAGAAUGGCCUUCAACAAGGAACCGCGAACUUCUCAGUCCUUCUUAAUGUAUGUAUAUUUGUCUUUAUGGAGAAAGUAGAUAAUAUAAUUGCCUUUGCAGAUGACUUGAUAAUUUAUUAUCCAGAUGAUAAAAUUAGUAAAAUAAACGAAUCCCUACAAAGACAAUUUGACCGAAAUAUCAGAGGGAUAUUUCGAUCAUGUACAUCUCACAGCAAGACUGCGGAGAGCAAUUAUACAAAAUAUGUU